AUGACCCCACCAAGCACCCGCCCCCUCCGCCUCGGCAUCCUCGUCCCCUCCUCCAACACCGCCCUCGAACCGCUCACAACCCAACUCCUCCUCCCCCUCCACCCCACCCUAACAGUGCACUUCUCGCGCUUCCCCGUCACCCAAAUCGCCCUAACACCCAGCGCCCUCUCGCAAUUCGACGACACCAAAAUCCUCGCCGCCGCCGUCCUCCUCGCAGACGCCGCCGUCGACGUGAUAGGAUGGAGCGGGACGAGCGCGGGGUGGUUGGGCCUGGAAGCGGAUAGGAGGUUGUGUGCGCGGAUCAAGGAGGUUACGGGCGUGCAGGCGACGACGAGUGUGUUGGGGUUGUGUCAUGUGUUGGAGGAAGUUAUGGGUGAGGGGGAGAGGAGGUUUGGGCUCGUGACGCCGUAUUUGGAUGAUGUGCAGGAUGCGAUCUUGAAGACGUUCUCGGCGGAGGGGUAUGAGAUUGUGGCGGAGUCGCAUUUGCGACGGACGGUCAAUGUGGAGUUUGCGGAUGUGGAUGAGGAGACGCUUGAUCGGCAGAUGGAGCAUGUCAUGGAGAGGAUUAAGGAUGAGGAUGUGAAGGUUGUGUCGACGUUUUGUACGAAUUUGCGGUCGGCGCAGAGGGUAUCGGUCUGGGAGGAGAAGUAUCCAGGGUUGAUCGUGGCGGAUACGGUCGCGACUGUGAUCUGGGAGAUGUUGAGGAUGGUUGGGCUGGAGACGAGUAUCGUGAAGGGAUGGGGGAAGAUGUUUGACAUCAAGACCUCAAAAUGA